CACGAUCAAGAUUGAGAUGGGAGGAAUGAUGAAAUCAAUUAGUCAUGGACGAAACAAUAACACGAUCAAGAUUGAGAUUAACGGGGAGGAAUGAUGAAAUCAAUUAUUAGAAUUGUAUGGAAUAGGUUUCAAUACAAAGCUCUUCCUAUUUGCAGUACUAAAAAACAUGAUCUAAUAGUUGUAAUUUUUGAAAAAAGAGAUCUAAUAAUCCAUAUCAUAUUUUUUGGCUCUGACCGGAUUUUUUGGAGUAGUGUGUGGAUUUUCAGGUGGGCUGUCAAAGCACUUUUCAAAUUUUCUCCGAAAAUUCAAUGGACCAUUGUUCAUUCAUUUUAAAUUGGAUUUUUUUCCUCACAGAAAUAUAAGAUUCUAUGUGUUUUACAACAUGAUAUUCAUUUUGAUAAAAUUUUGUAACUUAACAUUUUCAGGUCGUAAUACCAUUGUCAUAUCAUCACUGACUGUGGUAUGAUAUCAUAGUGGUAUGAUGUUGAUAUGAAUAUGAUAUUGGUAUGAUGUCGAUAUUAUAGUGAUGUGAUGUUAAUAUAAGAUCUUAUUUCGGACAAAAUAAUUUGAUGACCUGAUUUUUUACUAUACCAGACACUACAAAAUAUUUAUGUAACAUUAUUCUAUAACAAUUACAUAACUUCAUACAUUAGGUAAAUCUUAGAGAGUAAUAAUUAUUUCUUAUAUAUCAGUCAAACAAAAAGUACAAUAUAAGUUUAAUGACUAAGUCAAUAUACAAACGUUAUGGAGAUAAUAAUUUCUUAUGUAUCAAUUAAAAAAGCAUAUCACAUAAGUCUUCAUGAUAUUAGUUUGAAUGAAAAUUCCUAAAUUAGUUACCAAAUUUCUUACAAUCUCAUCAAUUGCUUUACACAAAGGUUUUUUAAGGUCAAAUGUGAUACCUUUUAUAACAUAAUUCACCUAUUAUUAACUUAAAUUCUUUAUUAUUGCCUACUACAUUCAACAUCUCAUCAAUUUGCAUUACACGAAUUAAAGCUUAUGUAAGAUAAGUUAAUAUUAUAUAGUAGUUUAAUCAAAUGUGAGAUAUGUAACUUGGUUUUCUUAUUAGACCACACACUAUGAAAGAUUAUGUAAGACCAUUCUAUAACACCAUUUUAUUAUUAGACCACACAUUAUGAAAGAUUACGUAACACCAUUCUAUAACAAUUCUUUAAAUUCACUAUAUAUGUAAAACUUAUGAAUAUUGAAGGGAUAAUUAUUACUUAUGUAUCAAUCAAACACAUAUUUUACAGUGGAUGAAAUUUAUACAAAAAUAAAUAAUUAGCUUAUAACCGCCACGAAGCGCGGGCCAAAAAGCUAGUACAUAUUAUUAGCCAAAUAAGGAAAAAUCAAAAGUGAAAACAGCGAGCUAAUUGGCGGCACUUCUAAGAAGCUUCCUUUUGUCUUUGGCCAUAGUGCACAUCUGACUUCUCCUACACCCCGUCCUGACCCUUUCAGUUAAUUAUUUUCCUGCGAUACUGGAAGUUUGCCCACUUCUCCCUUAUUGUUAGUGCUUUUCCAUCCCUCCAACUAUCCCAUUUUCUCUCCCGAUAAUCGCAAAGCUUGAUCUCACAACGUCAAUCCCCACAGAAUCAGAAGAACCGCCAAGUUGAAGCAAUCCUGAUUAGCCUCCCCGUCAGCGCUGCAAAUCGCAGGUACUGAUUUGGAGUCGGGAAGUCCCGAUUCCCCUUCCUCCUCUUCUCCUUUCACCUUGAUCUGUUCGCUCAUCUUUGGAAAAAGCUUUAAAGCUUGCAACUUUAUGAUGUUUGUUGAACUUUUCUGAACUGGGUUCUGGUGGGCUUUUUUGCUUUUGGUUUCUGGAUCGAUAAGUUCGGUUCUCUGCUGAAAGCCUUCCCCUUUGUUGUGUUUCUGUUGGCGUGUAGAUAUGGGACCUGUGGAUGAGAAAGUGGAAGUAGCAAUUGAAUCUGGUGAUGACGAGAUGGAGAUCUUGUUCAGUGGCGCCGCUUCCUCACCAACAAGGAGGAAAGCAGUAAACUUUGAUUUGGAGAGUGAGACAUUGCCACUGAGUUCAUCCAAUCACUCCCAUAUUAAUACUUCUUCUAAUCAUUUGGCCAACUCCUGGAUUGUCAAGCGGAUGGAGAGGAGCCCUUUCAGGACAUUUUACAUUGUUUUGAUCAGAGCCAAGAUCAAUGUCUUGCUCCCUUUUGGUCCCCUAGCAAUUUUGCUCCAUUACUUCACUGGAAAGCAUGUUUGGGUUUUCUUCUUUAGUUUAGUUGGGAUUAUACCUCUGGCUGAGCGGUUGGGUUAUGCCACUGAGCAACUUGCAUUCUACACUGGACCAACAGCUGGUGGUCUUCUGAAUGCAACCUUUGGAAAUGCCACUGAAAUGAUUAUAUCCAUCUAUGCUCUAAAGAGUGGAAUGGUACGAGUUGUUCAGCAAUCUUUGUUGGGCUCCAUCUUAUCUAAUAUGCUCUUGGUGCUUGGAUUUUCCUUCUUCACUGGUGGGAUUGUACAUUGUAAGAAGGUUCAGGUUUUCAAUAAGGCAGCUGCCGUAGUGAAUUCUGGACUAUUAUUAAUGGCUGUAAUGGGGAUAAUGUUCCCAGCAGUGCUUCACUUCACGCGCACUGAAAUCCAUUUUGGGAAGUCAGAAAUGGCGCUUUCAAGAUUUAGUAGCUGCAUUAUGCUAGUUGCUUAUGGAAGCUACCUCUUCUUCCAACUUAAGAGUCAGCAUAAUCUGUACAGCCCUAUUGACGAGGUAGUGAAUAAUGAUGAAGAAGGUGCCGAUGAUGAAGAAGCACCUGAAAUUACACAGUGGGAGUCAAUUUGUUGGCUUGCAGUUUUGACUUUGUGGAUCUCUGUGCUGUCUGGAUACCUUGUUGAUGCCAUCCAGGGAGCAUCCGAGUCACUGAAUAUGCCUAUGGCUUUCAUAAGUGUGAUCCUGCUUCCCAUUGUGGGAAAUGCAGCUGAGCAUGCAAGUGCUAUUAUGUUUGCUAUGAAGGACAAGCUUGACAUCAGCCUUGGAGUUGCUAUUGGGUCCUCUACGCAGAUUUCAAUGUUUGUGAUCCCAUUCUGUGUCGUCCUUGGGUGGAUAAUGGGCCAACCGAUGGACUUGAAUUUUCAACUGUUUGAGACUGCUACCCUCUUCAUCACUGUUCUAGUGGUGGCAUUCAUGUUACAGGAAGGAACCUCUAACUACUUUAAAGGCCUUAUGCUCAUCCUGUGUUAUCUUAUAGUCGCGGCAAGUUUCUUCGUGCAUGUUGAUCGUUCAAGUGAUGAUGACUAGGGAGUCGGUCACGCUUGGUCCGAGGGAGCUAACAGUCGAGAAGAGUGGAGGGCAGAUUUUGUUACACAUUGGAAAGGAGCAUUCCUCCUGACAAAGCUGGAAUUUGGUUUCUUGGACCAACACUGGUGCCAGAGGCUAUCCUGCACCAGAAGCCCAGUAAUCCUGCUGAUCUGAAUACCAGAUUAGUGCUGCAUUCUUCUUUGUCGGCUUGGUUGUAAUCGAGUUCGAUGUAUUGGCUGCCUGUCCUGAAAGUUCCGCUUCACCAAAACCCGGCUGCUGCACCUGUGACAAAAACAAAAAGCGCGAGUACGUAGUACCUUAACCCCCAAUAUUGUAACUUUUCUGAACAUGUCAAUCUCAUAGGUCUCUCUGAUGCUGGUUAUGAAACAUUAUUCCCUGAGAAAUGAUCGGUGGGAACUGAAAAUUGUGACACUUUAGAUCACGCUGAGUAAGUUAGGAUUGUAAUCCCUGUAAAGAACAAAAGAUGAACAUUUUUUUGGUUUCUUCUGCCCUUAUCGAGACACCAGCAACCUCACCUCAAAUGGCAGCCCCAUCCAUCAGCUCGUCGAGCAAUACUCCGUCAGCUACUAGCUUUGGGCGGGAUUAUUGGUGAAUCGAGCACGAAGAAAAUUCUUGACCUAUU